AUGGCUAGUGCAAAAACUAAAUCUGAUGAAAAAGAUGAACCUGUAAUUGAAGAAGAGACCGGUGUAUUUCAACGUACAAUUCAACAAAUCUCACCAUCAACAAAAGAAAAACGCAAACGAAAUGAAGAAAUUCCUGUUGAAUCACCUAAAAAAUGCAGCCAUCGUUCAGAUGGAAAUCGUUGUUCAAUAACAGAAAUGAAAAACAAUUCAUUAUCUGUUCCAUUUUGGAAGAAUCUUAAUCAUCGACAAUCAUCAUUUCAAUUUCAAACUCAUGAAAUUGGUUAUUUUUCAUUACUUAAUCGAACAGAUGACAAAGAAUGUUUUGAAGAUAAACGUUAUCUUCGCGUUUAUAAAUAUCCACUUAAAACACUCAAUGUUAAUUUUGAUCUCAAAGUUGGUGAAUCAGAUUUUAUUUCCGAAGGACAAAGUAAAAAUAUUAAUGCAAUGCUUUGGUGGAUAUUACGACAUAAACAAGAUAUUUUCAAAAAUAAUCAAUUUACAUUUGAUUUUCUUUCAUGGCGUGGUGUCCUUCGUCUUAUUAUGUUUUCAAUUUAUGAAAAACAUUCUGAUUGGUUAUUAGCUGUUAUUAAAUUUAAGAACGCUUAUUUUUUAUGUGAAUUUGAAACAGAUAUGCAAAAAAAAGAUGAACAAAAUAUGACACCUGAACAUCGUUCAUUUUGUUAUUAUGGUCACAAGUUUGAAGAAUAUGUUACUAAAAAUGAUACAUUAACUGAACCAUUAAAUCCUUCAAGACAAUUUGCUGGAGUAUUUCAAGCAACAAUAGGUUCUUAUCGUCUAUUAUAUGGUGCUGAAAUGGAUUGUGUAGUGGAAAAAUCAUCAUCGAUAACUGAACAUAUUGAACUUAAAGUUUGUGCUGGAAGAUCACUCGAUGAUCUACCAUUUAAACACAAUCGUAAAUUUGCUAAAUGGUGGAUUCAGUGUUUUCUUGUUGGUAUUAAAACAAUGGUGAUUGGUUUACGUGAUAAUAAUGGUAUUGUUAAUAGUCUUACACCGCUCCAUAUAACAGAUAUUGAAACAGCAACAUGUACAUGGACUCGUCAAUCAUUCUUCAAUUUCUUUUUUCUUUUUGCUGAAUUUCUUAAAGAACAUGUUACAAAUGAAUACUCAUAUAAUCAUAAGGAUGUUGUUCUAUUUCGUUUUUUACCAUCGUCUCAAACAAUUACAAUGACAAAAUCAUCUGACUCAAAAUAUCAUUUUCUUCCUGAUUGGUGUUUCAAUCAAUUUAUUUAG